GCCAACGACUUUCCUUUUAUUUUCCUUUUUUGUUUUUUUAAUCAUUGCUGUUCUAUGCUGGGCUGAGUUAACCUGAGCCUCGGGCCGCUCAUUCUUUCGCCAUGGAUCCUUUCCGCAAUCCGCCCGCCGACAGCCUGGAGGCGGCCCGUCUUCAUGUCCAGGCCCUUACCGACUGCGGAUUGUCACGAGAAGCGCUGCUGCGCGCAUUGUUGGAGAACUACGGUGAUGAUGGGAACGCUGCUACUACGCCAGGGAUGGACGCAAGUAGCCCGCAGCAGGCUGCACAACAGGGGCAGCAACAAGUAGUUGUCCAGGAGAAACGCGGCCACCACGCCAAUUACAACACGCGACUUUCGGUGUCGACGACGAGCUCCAAGUCAUCAGGGAGGGCGAGCGUCAUGUCCACCGCGACCUCGAUGAGCUCAGUAUCGUCCCAGGGAGGAAUUGGGGGCGGUCUUCAGGAACUUUCGGCAACGCCGCUGCCCGCGCCGCCUGCGCCGCCCGUCAAGAGCAACAACCGCGGCAGCUCCAAACCGCAGGGCGCUUACUGGUGCACUUUCUGCGACGUCGCCUUCCAGCGCAAGUUUGACUGGAAGCGGCACGAAGAUGAGUUUCACGAACGCUACAAGCGCUACCCCUGUCCAAACUGCAACCGCAUCUUUUGGGGUGCGAAUACCUUCAAUCAACACCAUAAGAACGCCCACGGCUGUACAACUUGCCCGCAUGCCGAACGUGUGGUGAAGUAUACGCAGAAGAAGACGGCAUGGGCAUGCGGCUUUUGCGGCGGAUUCCUUGCCAGCCGUGACCGCUACUUUGACCAUAUCGCCCGGCACUACGAAGAUGGCUGCAACAAGUCACACUGGAACCACUCGCUCGUAAUCUACGGCCUCCUGCAUCAGCCCACCAUCAGUCAGGCUUGGAAAGACCUCGACUCGGAGCUCUACGGUCAUUUACCACGCAACCAGCAACCCAUGCUAGAAUGGGAGGUCAAAUCAACAGGCCACGCGCAGGGGUUCCUCGAGGGCGAAAGCCCGGGGAAACUCCAAGACCUUCUCGAAUUCUUCAGUGAGAGCCGAGACGAUCCGAAACUCCUCGCCCGCCUCGCCCACGACUCGGCCACCAUUCGACUGCGAACCGAGGUCCAGCCGACCGUCGCACCUGUACCACCCGCUACCUCGGCGAGUUCACGGCCGAUUUCCGAACCGCCGAAGCACAAGGCCGUAAUGAAGUCAUCGCCCUUAACGAAACAUAUGUCCACGCCCCAACCGCCGCCGCCCCCACCAACAUCAUACGAUGACGAACCGUUCCCGAAGAAGCAACGCAACAUUGCACCUCUUCCCUCGAUGUUUCCUAAAAACAACCCCUUCUUUAGCCAACAACCAACACCACCAGCACAACCGCAAGAACCGCAACAACAACAACAACAACAACAACCACUACAACAACCACCUCAAGGGGUAAUGUCCCCGUACGGCCAGCCGAUGAUGGGGGCCGGGACGAACGGAUACUACGACCUCGCCGUAACGCACGUGCACCCGCACAUGCAGCUUUUAUCACAAAUGACGCCGCAGCAGCAGCACCAAAUACAGCAGCAACUCCAGCACCAACAGCAACAGCAGCGCCUGCAUCAACAACACCCGCAGCAACCGCCCCCGCCGCAACCCCAUCUCAUGUCGCCACCGAUGAAUAUGUACGACGACUGGAGCAGUUUGGCGGGCACCGUGGUCGACGAGUCUGUGUUUGCGAAUGCCAUGGCGAUGGGCUGGCAGCAACAACAACAGCAGCAGCAGCAGCAGCAGCACCACCAACAACACCAGCAACAUCAGGCGGAUAUGGGGACGGGACACCCCGGGGCGGGGUGAUCACCUUUUAACUUGGGAAAGGAUGGGGUAGGGUUUGGGAAGGGGAGGGGGCAGGAACUGCUUCCUUGACGGGGAAUUGCUCGUCUGGUUAUGGGGCAGGAGGGCAAGGUUUACGGUCUGGUGGGUGUCUGGUUUUGCCCCUGAACCCGGCAGCAA